CCCCGGUGGGGUCUGAGACGGAAGGAUGGCGGCGGCGUUGCGGCCCUGGCUUCGGCCGCUGGCGCUCUGGGGGCGCGAAGCCUCUUUCCUGCGCUGCACCUGCCGCCGCCGCCGCCAACCUGCUCGGUCCUUGGCUACAGAGUUUUCGGGCAAAAGGCCGCAGGACGGCCCCGGGAAACCUGGGCCUGUAACUUGGAAGAGUCUGGCAAUCACCUGUGCAGUUGGAGGAGGACUGCUGGCAGGAAUGAAAUUCUUUAAGAAAGAGAAAGAAGAAAAAUUGGAGAAGGAACGGACAAAAUCAAUUGGAAAGCCAUUGUUGGGAGGCCCUUUCUCACUUACUGACCACCAGGGACAGCCCAGGACGGAUCGUGAUUAUCUUGGUCAAUGGGUGUUAAUCUACUUUGGCUUUACACACUGUCCUGAUAUUUGCCCAGAAGAAUUGGAAAAAAUGGUUUUAGCAGUAGAUGAAAUUGAUGAGAUCCCGGCUCUUCCCAACAUCACUCCACUGUUCAUCACCAUUGAUCCAGAAAGAGACGAUAAAGAAGCCAUUGCAAAAUAUAUUAAAGAGUUUUCACCCAAGUUGAUUGGAUUGACGGGUACAAAAGAGCAGAUCGAUCAGGUGGCUCGAGCCUAUCGUGUCUAUUACAGCUCUGGCCCAAAAGAUGAAGAUAGUGAUUACAUCGUGGAUCACACCAUCAUAAUGUACCUUCUUGGUCCAGACGGAGACUUCAUUGAUUAUUUCGGUCAAAACAAGGACAGCACUGAGAUUGCAGCAUCAAUUGCUGGGCACAUGAGAAGAUACAAACACACCUAAAAGAGAAGCAUUAUGACUAUGAAGGCAAGCUAGCUGCUAAUGAGACAGGCAUCCAUGUUACUAACUAAAAUACAACCAGUAAUAUCCCAUGAAGAUCUAUGAAGCAUUGUGCAAGUAAUCCAUCUUGAUAUCCUUCUUACUUGAAUUUGCAGCUACAGCUGUAGGCAUAAUAGCCUAAGACUCAAAAUGGGUUUCCUGAGGAGCUGAAUAUUAUUCCACAAAAGUACAAAACUAAGCAGUUUUCUCUGAAUGAGUGUCUGAAUAUGUUAAAGGCCUUUGGAAACAACAUUGAGGUGAUCCUAGUGAAAAGGCCAUCACUUCUGGGUAUUGAUCAGAGGAUUCAUGUCUUUCCCUUCCUUGCAGUAUCUUCUUGCCAUGCUGAAAAGACACGUACAGAGAGAUGGUAAACUGAGCAGUACUGAAGGCACAGUUCAUGGGACUAGGCUUGUCUGACAUCUUGAUUAUCAUUCUACUAGAACCCAUGACUGCAGCAUCACUUCCAAGUCAACAUUCCUUGUGGCCCUGCACCCUCUUGUCUUGGAUUUUCAAAAUGCCUAAUACAGUUUAGGACAGCCUCGCCCAACCUGGUGCCUUCUAUAUGUUUUGGGCCAGUUUCCAUCAGCUCUAGCCAGUAUGGCCAGUGGUCAGGAUUGUUGAGGGUUGAAACCCAAAAUACAUGGAUGCCACCAGGUUGGAACAGGUUGAUGUAGAAGCACUAAGUAACACAAUAGGGUGGUAACUUUAAGCCUUUUAUAACAGUGGGAUUAUUAAUCAGGUAAAAUUAUGCUCGGUGUGCAGGAAAUGGAAUAUUUUGAAAGAAACCUGUGGUCUCUUGAAAUCUCGCAUCAAUUAAAGUGAUUUUUUUCCCCUUUUAAAUGUUUAAGUUGACUUUCUCCAGUGGUUUUGGUAUUCAUCAGAUUUUAAUUAAGAACAAAAAUAAAUGGCUGCAGAACAUGAUAAGCAGUGCUAAUAAGAUGUCGUGCAAGUUUAAUCUGAAAACUUUUCACUGGUCACUCUGAAAAAAUGACACUGAGCCUUGAAGUCAGCAUGCUAAAAUAAAUAUGUGAGCCUUUAGCCUGU